AUGGGUCGCUCAAAAAGAAGCCUCACCAACCCUCUGCCCAGGGAGGCGUCCGCCGGGUCGUCCGCGGGGCUCUCCCAUCAGCGCUCCGUGUCGACCGUCACCGAGCGCCCGCCGCAGCUGCCCGAGAUUGACCUGGAGCCGCUCGACUUUGCCGUGCUGCGGGAGAAGCGCGCCUCGGUCGCCACCAACCCGGACACCAACAACUACGGCCUCGAUAUGUUUGACGUGCGCCUGUCGUACAAUGCCGCCCGCCGCAGCCUGAUCCGCGACAAGGACGACAUGCCCGACUUCUCCGGCCUCGGCGAGGACGACGGCAUCCCUGCCGUGCCCGACCUGCCGGCGGACCUGCGCACGCUGCACUCGUCCAAGAUGAAGGAGGUCCUCGGCAUGGACCCCGGCGAGGAGACCGAGGUAGAGCGCGACGGCUCCUACACGCCCGACUCGGGGGACCUGAAGCAGCAGGCCGACGAGGCGGAGCCCGAGUACAUUCACGGCUGGAAGCUGUGGGCCGUCAUGACGGCGAUUACGCUGGCGUGCUUCCUGUACUUGCUGGAUGUGUCUAUUUUGGUUACCGCUAUUCCCAAGAUUACGAGUGACUUCCACUCGUUGACGGAUAUCGGUUGGUAUGGUGCCACUUACAACUUGGCAAGUGCCGCCCUACAGCCUCUCUCUGGAAAGUUCUACACCUACUUCCACGCCAAAUGGACCUUUCUCGCCUUCUUCCUCGUCUUCGAACUCGGCAACCUGCUCUGCGGCAUCGCCACGUCCUCGACCAUGAUCAUCAUCGGGCGCACCGUCGCCGGCGCCGGCGCGUCGGGCCUGACCAACGGCAGCUUCGCCAUCGUGACGGCCUGCGCGCCGAUGGAGAAGCGCCCGCAGCUGAUGGGCAUCCUCAUCGGCGUGUGCCAGAUGGGCCUCGUGGCCGGCCCGCUCAUCGGCGGCGCGCUGACCGAGUUCACCUCGUGGCGCUGGUGCUUCUACAUCAACCUGCCCGUCGGCGCCAUCACCAUCGUCGCCUUCCUCGUCACCAACAUCCCCGACAAGCGCAAGUACGUGCAGAGCCCCGGCAAGCUGACGCUCAAGAAGAUGGACAUGCUCGGCUUCCUGCUCUUCGCGCCCGCGGCCGUCAUGAUCCUGCUCGCGCUCGAGUUUGGCGGCAACCGGUACGCCUGGAGCUCGCCCACCAUCAUCGGCCUCUUUGUCGGCGGCGCCGUCGAGGUGGUGCUCUUCCUCUUGUGGGAGCGCCGCGCCGGCAUGACGGCCAUGAUCCCGCUGCCCAUCAUCGGCAAGCGCCAGGUGUGGACGGCCUGCGUGGCCAGCAUGUUCAUGUUCUCCACCAUGCUCGGCGCCGGAUACUACCUGCCCGUCUACUUCCAGACGGUGCGCGGCAUGUCGCCCCUCCACAGCGGCAUAUCCAUGUUGCCCGCCAUCGUGACGCAGCUGGUCGUCACCGUCGUGUGCGGCGGCAUGGUGCAGCGCGUCGGCUACUACCUGCCGUUCAUGGUCGCGAGCGCCAUCAUCAUCGCCAUCGCCAACGGUCUCCUCUCGACCUGGACGCCUCACACCCACACGCUCACGUGGGCCGGCUUCCAAGUUCUCCUCGGUAUCGGCCGUGGCAUGGCUUUCCAGAUGCCCGUCAUUGCCAUCCAGGCGCAUACCCCGCCCGCGCUGGCCUCCGUUGCCACCGCGACCAUGGUUCUGUUCCAGACUUUCUUUGGCUCCGUCUUCUUGGCCAUUGUCAACACGCUCUUCAACACCAAGUUGAAGCAAGAACUGGACAGCCGCCUGCCUGAAAUCGGCGCCGACAAGAUCAUUAAUGCCGGUGCUGCCGAUAUCGGUAGCGUUGUGCCUGCCGACAAGAUUGCCCAGGUUCUUGAGUCUUACUCUCUUGGCGUCAACGAGGUGUUUUAUGCCAUUGCAGCCAUUUGUGUGUGCAUGUUCAUCUUUUCGUGGGGUACCGGCUGGACCGACAUUCGCAAGAAGCCGGACCAAAAGAAAGGCGACGUCUGA